AUGGAGUCGGCUUCUCGCCUCAGCUUACUGGUGGUCGCGAUCUUGGGGCUAGCCACGGCGGCCACCGCGCAGCUGUCAUCCACGUUCUACGACACGUCGUGCCCCAAGGCUCUGGCCACCAUCAAGAGCACGGUGACGGCCGCGGUAAACAACGAGGCGCGCAUGGGGGCGUCCCUGCUCAGGCUGCACUUCCACGACUGCUUCGUCGAUCCAAGUCUCGAGACUCUCGCUCUCGCAUGGAUCUUUGAAAAGUUGCAGUCACACGUACUGGGAGGGCCGUCAUGGACUGUUCUUCUAGGAAGAAGGGACUCCACUGCAAGCAAGGACAAUGCAGAACGGGACCUGCCGGCUCCAUCCUUCGACCUCGCCAACCUCACGCCCAGUCAUUUGCAAACAAGAACCUCAGCGUCACUGACAUGGUUGCUCUCUCGGGGGGCACACGAUCGGGCAGGCGCAGUGCCGCUUCUUCCGCGACCACAUCUACAACGACACCAACAUCAACUCCACUUUCGCGGCGUCGCUGCAGGCCAACUGCCCCCGGGCCAACGGCAGCGGUCACCCACCGCCUUCGACAACGCCUACUUCAGCAACCUGCUGUCGCAGAAGGGGCUGCUGCAACCCGACCAGCAGCUGUUCAACGGCGGCGGCACCGACGCCGCAGUCAGGAGCUUCGCAUCCAGCGCGUCUGCCUUCAGCAGCGCCUUCGCGACGGCCAUGGUGAACAUGGGGAACAUCGCCCCCAAGACAGGGUCCCAGGGCCAGAUAAGGGUCACCUGCUCCAAGAUCAACUCCUAA